UUCGCCACUCUUCUUGAGCGUUCUCUUCGCCUGCGUUGAUCGUCCGUGGUUCAACAACUCCUCACACUCAAGCCUCAACUUUCUCCACCUGCGUAAGUCCCAAAUUAAACCCUAAGAUUUAACGGUUGCUCCUCAAUGGAUCAGCAAUGGCGUUCUAGACCUAUCCAAGGUAAUGUUUGCCCUGUCUGCUCAAUUCCUCACUUACCUUUUUGUCCUCCACCCUUCCCAUAUUAUCCACCUUCUAGAUUUCCUUUCGAAGGCGAUCCCUCCUUUCAAAGACCAGCCUAUCCAGGACCACCCGGAAUGCACGGCUCCUAUGUUGCCAACCGUAAUGAUGGGUUCGCUGAUCCCAAUUUCUGGCAUAGAAACCCUAAUUGGGAUAAACCUUUACCUGGGCAACCGGCCUUCCAGUACCCUAGAGACAGUUUUAGGCGGCCACUAUAUGAACAUAGCGCUCCUAACGAUUACGUUGGUGAGGGUGAUAGAAAUUUCAAGAGGCCGAGGGUGGGAGAUGAUAGUUCUGGUUCUGCCAUUUUCUCAAAUGAUUUUGAUAAAAACCCUGCUAGAAACUUGUCGGAGGAUGAGCGAAGAUUGAAGUUAAUUCGUGAUCAUGGGGUUGUUUUUAGUAAACCGCCUGAAGAGCAGAGUUUUGGCGGACCUGGGAGACUUAAUCAGAACGGGUUUCAUUCAGACGAAAAUCAAGGUGUAUUUCGCAGGGAUGAGAAAGAUGUGAUUCCACAUUCUGAAAAUGGUGAAUUUUGGCCAUUCCAAAAUGGUCAGCUCAGAAUUUCUCAGCAGCACGUGUCUUGGCAUCAGACUAAUGAUGCUGGGGUAGCACAUAGACCUGGUUACUCUCCUAGGGAUGGUUGGCAGGGGACUAAUGCACCUUACCCUGAGCAGACUGCUAAUGGUGAUCCUAACAAACUGCUACAACAAUCGUAUGGAACACAGAAACAUGUUGAUGUCGGACAUGAUUUUCAUUCCUCUGCUCAGUCAAGCAAUGUAGCCCUGCCUGUUCACGAGUAUAACUUUCCACCUCAGGAGGGAAAUCAAACGCAAAUUGGACGACAAGAUAUAUCUGGAGUGUCUCAACGUGGUGCAUCUAAUUUGAAUGGAAGAAGUUUCUACGGUCCCUAUUCUUAUGCUCCUGGCGGCAGCAAUUAUUCUGACAGCAGGAGUCCAAUAGAGGCUUCAAGGAUCUUUCAUGGUCAACCUCCUCUUCCUUCUUCCCCGCCGCCGCCUCUUCCAUUGGAGCCACCAAUGAACCAACCUAGGGCACCUACUUCUCUUUUCCCUGUUUCUGUCAGUUCCUCAGCUGUGGCUUCUUCACCAUAUCCCAAAAUUUCUGAAGCUCACUCUUUGCCUCAACCCAACUUUCACAAACCUUCUAAGCAGUUUUUGGGAGAUGCCAAAUCCUUUUCUAUAAAGCAACUAUCUGAUGAUAAACCUAAGUUUAUCAAUGCAUCCCACUUAUUUAAGCACCCAUAUCGAACUACUCGGCCUGAUCACGUUGUGAUAAUCCUUCGAGGUCUUCCUGGUAGCGGGAAAAGUUACGUGGCAAAGAUGUUGCGUGAUCUUGAGGUCGAAAAUGGUGGUGAUGCUCCACGAAUUCAUUCUAUGGAUGAUUAUUUUAUGACUGAAGUUGAAAAGGUUGAUGAUAAUGAUGCUUCAAAAUCUUCAAGUUCAGGAAGAGGCAAGAAGCCUGCAAUGAAGAAGGUCAUGGAGUAUUGUUACGAACCUGAAAUGGAGGAGGCUUACCGUUCAAGCAUGUUGAAGGCAUUCAAGAAGAAUGUUGAGGAGGGGGCCUUCUCCUUUAUAAUUGUGGAUGACCGCAAUCUGCGGGUAGCUGAUUUUGCUCAAUUUUGGGCAACUGCGAAGAGAUCAGGUUAUGAAGUUUACAUUUUAGAAGCUACUUACAAGGACCCUGCGGGCUGUGCAGCUAGAAAUGUACAUGGAUUUACACAAGAAGACAUAGAAAAGAUGGCUGGGCAAUGGGAAGAAGCUCCAUCCUUGUACCUGCAGCUUGAUGUGAAGUCAUUAUUCCAUGGUGAUGAUUUGAGGGAAAGCAGAAUUCUAGAGGUAGAUAUGGAUAUGGAAGAUGAUAUUGGUAAUACCUUACCUGUGGUGCAAGGAAGAGAGGAUGGCAAAAUUGUAGACUUUCCUUUCAGGGAUGAUACUAGUGAUGGUUUCUUACUGGAAGGGAAGAGAUGGGAUGCUGAAGAAGAACGUCCAACAGAAGUCAGGGAAUUAGGCAAGAGCAAAUGGUCAGAAGAGUUUGAUGAAGUUGAGAAUGAACGAACUGAAGGGGGGAAGGGCAACAUUAGUGCUCUUUCUGGGUUAAUUCAUACAUAUGGCAAGGAAGGAAAAUCUGUACAUUGGGCUGAUCAGGUUGGUGAUAGAGGGUUUUCUAUAGGUGCUACAAAGAAGGCAAAUGUUUUGUCUUUAUUGAUUGGACCUGGUGCUGGGUACAAUCUGAAAUCAAAUCCGUUAACUGAAGAGGAGAUUCCAGCAACCCAUAACAGUGCAGAGACAAGGAAGUGCAGCACAUUCCAAGAAAGAAUCCGGGCUGAGCGUGAAUCCUUCAAAGCUGUGUUUGAUAGAAGACGGCAACGAAUUAGUGGAAUUGAUGUUGAUGAGGACUGAUGGAGAAUUCUGGAAAUGUGAGAACGAGAAGUAGAAUUGCUUGUCUGGGGUAAAGAGAGAAUAUAGUCUCAGCGUCGGCUUCUGAUUCAAUUUUCUUUCAUUCAAUUAUUGGGUCAUAGCAUCUAGGGGAUGAGUUUGCAAAGAAGGACCAGAAAGGAAGUUGGAGAGAAAUAGGAGUCAUCUUUGAAUGUUUUUCGAGGGGUUAUGCACGGGUGAUCUGCACCUACUAUUGUCAUCUUUUAGAGGAAUUCUGUUCCUGAAGAUUUUGUAGGUCUGCAUUGCUUGGGCUUCCUUCACGUCUGCUAUUCUCAUGUUUGAUAUCCACUUAAGGGUGAAGACGGGACUGGGAGGGAGUUGGGUUGUGUUCUGAUGCUACUAAGCAGAGUUUGCUGUUCUCUAACAAUGAAUUUUGUAGUGCUGCUAAGUGGCGUUUUUUACUGGCCUUUCUUAUAGGCAAACUUAGAUCACCAUUUGCCUUUCGCCCUCUGAUAUUAGCCAAGCGGGACAGCAAUCAAGGACCAGAGGCUGGUUUUAGUGAAGAAAAAUGGAACGAAGGGAUUUUUUUGACGUGUAGUUUUGAUAGGAUUAGGAUAUAACGCUUGCCUUCAAAGGUUCCAGCUUGUUUAGGGCGUCUGUUCUAAUGUCUGCCUCUGAUACAUAUUAGCUUCUCACUGUAUCUCAGCUUACUCUGUAGAAAAACGGUUCUCCGGUGGCUACAGUGGAUAUCUCUUAGCCCCCACUCUAAUAGCUUUGUUGAGCAUGGAUUCAUGACAAAAUCAUAAUUAUCCGUUUUGAUACCUGCAGUUGAGCAGAAAAGCAAAUGUUUGUAUGCUUGAUGACGCAUAGAUUCAUGUGUCUUCUUUGGAAUAUGAUGGUGGAGAAUUCAUAUACAAGUCGACUGAACUGUGAAUUUCGGCCCUUCUUAAAAA